GUCACACAUCUGCGUUUCCCGUUUCCUCCGGAUCGCCCUCCGUGUGGAGGAAAUCAGGCUGGUAAUUGUUCCGGGUAAAUUGCUACAAAACGUGGACCAUGACCCGGUUUCGUCUGGGACCACCAUGAUCGUUGAAGGGAGCUCCCAGUGACUUGGACGUAUUCGCCAAAACAUGAUGGCGCUCUCGACGCUCCUUUGCGCCGCGUUGCUCCCAGCGCUCGCGUUGGGAGCCAUUGACAGACAGCGAGUUGUUUCUCAGUUCAAUGUCGUCCGAACCAGCCUCAUCGACAACAACACAACGCCUCUGCAAGUCGGCAACGGCAACUUUGCUUUCAAUGUCGACAACACGGGCAUGCAGAGUUUCCUGCCCUUCAACACAAUGUCGAGCUGGGCCUGGCAUAACGACUCGCUGCCAACCAACGAAGAGAAGCUGAGCGACUACACGGGCGUCCCGAGGCUGACCCACGGCCGCAACGUCUCGUACGACAUCCCCGAUCCCAAGCUCCCGCAAGUCUCGCAGUGGCUCAUCGGCAACCCCAACCGCCUCAACCUCGGCCGCAUCGGCCUCAAGUACAAGGGCCAGACCCUGUCGGCCGCGCAGAUCGGGGAGCCGAGGCAGGAGCUCGACCUGUGGGGGGGCUUCAUCACGUCCACCUUCAAAGUCGACGGCGAGACGGUGACGGUGGUGACCCAGGGCGACUUCGCCUCCGACGCCGUCACCUUCACGAUCGAGUCGCCGCUCGUGUCGGCCGGCGACCUGCGCGUCGAGCUCGACUUCCCCUACCCGCCGAUCCACACGACCAAGUACAAGUACGAGGUGUUCGCCGGUGUCUACGACUUCCCGCGGAACCACACGACGCGCAUCUCCAGAAGCUGCGGGCGGCCCGACCUGGCGCACAUCUACCACGAGCUCCAGGAGACCAGCUACUUCGUCAACCUCCGCUGGCCGCGCGAGAGCCCCCUGGAGCUGUCGAGGGACGAGCCGGAAGGGUCCGACAAGAUCACCGCCCACCGGUACACGCUGGCUCCGAGCGGCGGCGCCUCCAACGGGACUUCCAACGGGACCUCGGGAUCCGUCACCUUUACCGCGCACUUCUCGCCGCAGCGCCAGGAUCCCAGGCCGCCGGCGGACAUUCAGAAAGAGAGCGUGGCGGGAUGGCGAGACUACUGGACCGAGGGCGGGUUUGUCGACCUGACGCUGUCGUCGAACCCGAACGCUACCGAGCUCCAGAGGCGCAUCCUCCUGUCGCAGUAUCACGUCCGGGUCAACAGCGCGGCGUCGGGGCAGUCGCCUCAAGAAAGUGGCCUCAUGAAUAACGGAUGGUACGGGAAGUUCCACAUGGAGAUGGUCGUGUGGCACAACGCCCACUGGGUGACCUGGGGCCGAAAGAAGUACUUCGACAACAUCUUCCCCGAGCUGUACGAGACUCUGUUGCCUUCGUCAUUUGCGAGAGCGAAGCAGAUGGGGUGGGAGGGAGCUCGGUGGCCUAAGAUGACAGAGUUGGAGAGCGGUAGGAGCUCUCCUGGUGGUAUCAACGGUCUGCUUCUUUGGCAACAACCUCACCCUAUGUAUCUUGCAGAGCUGGCGUAUCAGUCCUCACCAACCGACGAGACCUUGAAACGAUGGGACGCGGUCUUGACGGCUACCGCCGACUACAUGGCAUCGUAUGCCUGGAAGAACGAGAGCUCUGGCUACUACGACUUGGGGCCGCCUUCGUAUGGCGUCACCGAGAACACGCCUCCCGCCGAGACACUGAACCUGGCCUAUGAGAUCUCGUACUGGAGAUACGGCCUCGACCUCGCGCGCGAGUGGAAGAAGAGGCUUGGGCAGCCCGUCCCAGAGCGCUGGACGACCGUGGCCUCGAACCUCGCGCCGCCGCCCCAGGUCGACGGCCGCUACGCCGUCUACGAAGGCCUGAACGGCACGUGGUGGGACGACCCGGAGCUCAACGGCGACCCCCGCAGCCUCAUCAUGAUGCAGGGGGUGCUGCCGGACACCCCGGCCGUCGACCCGGCCGUGGCGCUGAGGACGGCCGACAAGGUCUGGGAGGUCUGGACGGACCAGAAGAUCCGCGGCUGGGGGCGGCCCGUGUUGGCCAUCAACUCGGCGCGGAUCGGGAACCCGGAGAGGGCCGUCUACCACCUCACCGCGUACACGUACUGGAAGUUUGACGAUGCCGGCUAUGCCAUCCGCGGAGGCGACGGCGGCACACCACCUCCGUUCAUGCCCGGUAACGCGGGCUUUCUCUACGCAGUUGCAUACAUGGUAGCCGGAUGGCAAGGCUCUGAGGGGGAUGCGCCGGGAUUUCCCAAGGACGGAGGGUGGGUGGUGAAGCACGAGGGUUUGCAAAAGGCACCUUGAGACGGAUGCUUUCUUUUCCAACUUCGAGCAGAUGUCAGCUUGCGUCCUGAGAAUUUGCUUCUGAGGUAGUUUUAUGUUUCCCUUGAUAACACCAUAUCCCUCUGUAUGGUGCAGCUCACCUCAUUCAUACAAGUACAACUGCAUCAUGGAUCCCCGACAAC